AUGGGUGUAGCCCAGUCCAAUGAGCAUGGCGCAUCAUCCCCAGAGGAGUUAAGUUUGGUGCUCGCUGAACGCUUCGCCACGAAAUGCUUUACUCCAUUAGAACUCACGCAUUUCAAAGACAACUUCUACUCUCGGGCCUUAGAGCAGGGAGGCCUGCGGUACUGGAAUGAGAAAGUCCUCUCAGACUUCUUAGGCAUCCCAGAUGGUAUCUAUAGCGCUUCGCAUAACCAGCACUUAGAUGCAGGACCGGUGAUAUUUCGAAUGGUCUCUUAUCUGGGAGCAUUUCCAUUCCAAAACACGCUCGCGCCCAGUGUGCUGACCUUUGAGGCCAUGGUCAAGGUAGUUGUGCUCUUGACUGAGCGCUAUGGGAAAGCGCUGAAGCGUGGGCACAAGGAUCGAAUCAAGCUACUCUUUGGUAGUCUGGCUGAUGUGGGGAGGAAGACCCCCGCCGACUCUAACGGAGAAAGUAUCCCUAAGGAUUCCGAAGCUUCAACUGGACAUUCUCAUGCGCUGGGGUUCUCCAUAGACGAAUCGGCCAACGAUGAGUACGAUGAGGAUGAGGAUGACGACCUUGCACUUGCAGCACUAGAGUCUCUUGAUGCGAUUGAAGUAUUCAAACACGAUCACCGUGUCGACAAGACCGUUUACGAGACCCGGAUUUCUAUCAAUACAUUCCGCCGGUUACUUAUGUUGCUGCUUGUCAUUGCACCACUAAAGCCAUUAGAGUCUACGAAAGUCUACACGUCUGGACUGGAUGGUCAACAUAUGGAAUUGGUUAAGAAAGAAGCAGACAGUAUCAUUGCAGCCUUUUCACCAGAAGAGAGUGAGGACGGGAUAUCUUACAAGGCUUUUGCCCGAACGAUAUCACUGUCUCUGCCAUAUCUGUUCGAUCCGCUCACGGCUCUUUUUGAGCAUAUGCUUUUCAGCAAAAAUUUGGACCUCUCUCAACGCCGCCAUAAAGACCAAGCUGCAGAGACCGAACAGGAGGAGAGCAAGGAAAACGAAGAACCCCCCUCACCACCGGCUGCACUUACACUUCCGGGAAGCUUUGAGUCGGCCAUAUUGAAUCCAACACUUACCUCGCAUCUUUCAUUCUUCCUCCCAUCCACAUCAGCCGAUAUCAAUAUCCUUCGAAGCAGCGUCAAACUACAUCCCGUCUUCUCCACAAGCGCUCACGGAUCUUCCCUAACAUAUUUCUCCCACCACGUCCUUACCUGGCAAACUGCCACCCUCCUCCUCCUGCAAGGAUCUCUAGCAGACUCAAGCAGCGAAGAAUUGAUAACACUCGGCGCCUACAUUCCCCAAACGUGGAAAACUUCCACAUCAACCUCAAGCUCAUCUUCGAACAAUUCUGACCUCCUCCCUUGCCUUUUCCAACUAUCCCCAAAACACCUACUCCUCCCAGGCAAUCCCUCAUCAUCUGCAAAGAAACCCAACACCCCAAUCGCGUAUUUCUCACCCAACACCGGCAUCGCAAUUGGCUGCCAAAUCCCAGCCCCGUCCCGCACGCACCAGACCUACCCGGCCCCGCACGGAGCAGCAAGUCUCAUAAUCGACGCGAACCUAGAGACGGCUGAGUUCCACGCUGCACCCUUCGGACACGACGGCGUCUUCUUACCCGCUGCCAAUACAUCCCCCGAAGACCCGUCCACAAAGAUCAAGCUUGAUCUAUAUACCCUAGAGAUUUGGGGUAUCAUCCCAGAUCCGGAUUCGUCGUUCUCCGUAGACCCGAGCUUGAGUCCGGUGGAGAUCCAGCGGGCAAAGUGGGAGUUUGAGGCACGGGAGGCUGAGCGCCGUCGUAAUGUCAAUAUCAAGGCUGGGGCUGGGGAUCCGGCGAGAGAGAGUGCGAGGUGGCUUUUGGAGGCGGCUGGUAUUAUUGGUGAUGAAGCGAGAUAUUCUGGUGGGAGGGGUUAA